GUCAAAAAGUAGACGGGCAAAGAAACUGCAUUUCUUCGAGUGUUUUUAUUAAAAUUGUUUUUAAUAUAGAAAAACCCAAAGAAAAAAUUAAAUAUUUGUAAAAAUUAAGAAAUAAAAGUUUAAACUUUAAAGAGAAAAACUAAAAAUGUAAAAAUUAUUAAGAAAAACAUUAAAUUGUAACAAAAAUACAUUGAGAAGAGAGCUAGAAAAAAAACUGAAUUUUUUUUUCUGCUGCUACAUGAACACCAGCAAAAACAACAACAGCAAAAGCAGCAUAAGUUUUUGUGUGUAAAAGAGUGUAUGUGUGUGCAUGUGUGUUUUUCAUAUUUAAGAGAAGAGAUAUAAAAAGAUUUUUUUAUGGUGAAGAAAUACAAAAAAAGUAAUGUUUGAAUAAAUAUCUAAAAAAAUUUAAUUAAAAUGAAGCAAUAAUUAUUGUAAGAGGAAGAAACAUAGAAAUUUAAACAAAAUGUUAAAGAUUAGAGAGAAAUUUUGCUGAAAAAGUAAUAUUUUUUUAAGCUGGAAGGAAAAAAUAAAGAAGUGACGUCAAAAGUGGAAAAAAUAUAAAAAAAGAAUAUUUUUUUAGAAAAAGGGAGGAGAAAUAAAAUUUUUUAAGAAAAUUUUAUAGAAAAAUAAAAAUUUUAACAAAAUGACGGAUUGUUUGGAGGGAUUGUUGAGCAGCAUGGUGAACACCUUUAACAGUGAUUGCCCCUCUAAUGCUGAAGUAGAUCUAACCGAUGAUAAGACUUUGAAAUGGCGAAAUUUGUCCAAGAAUCAAUUUGCUGCUAAAGAUAAAGAUAAGAAACCUGGUGUGAAAUCAAUGACUACAACAGCUGCCGCAGAGACAGAAGCAGCAGAAAGUGGGGUUGAGUUAGAGAAGCAGGAAAAUAAUUUAAAUAAACAGGAGCCUGCUGCUGUUGAGGAUACACAAGAGCAAAAGUUUAAAAAAGAAAAUGAUCAUGUAGUAGGUGGGCCAGAAGGUGGAGAAGUAAAAGAAAAAUUACUUGCUAAUGAAGAAAAUCUAGAGCAAACAUUUAAAGAUUUACUAGAGGAAGAAGUAGAGGAGACCAUUAACUUGGAAAUCAAGGAAACAAAGUCCGAACAAUUAUUAAAUUGUAAUAAAGCAAAGGAAAUACAAAAUAAUGCUAAUAGCAACAACAACAACAAUAAUAAUAAUAACAGUAACAAAACCAAUCAAAAUCAAGGUCAGCCAGUUUUAAUAAAACAAACCAACAAUAAUACCAAUACUAAUAACUUAACAACUACUACAACAACAAAUAAUAAUCAAAAACAACAACAAGAAAAAGAAAAAUUAAUUACAAAUUCAAAUCAACAAGAAUUAAACAUAAAAAUAGAAAAUCUAAAUGAAAAAGAAAUGUUAACUAAAACAAGCACAACAUUAGCAGCCAUAGAGGCAGAAGAAGCAGCAGCAGCAUCAACAUCUCCCUCAACAAUUAUAAAUUUAAUAUCUCCCUCUCCCAAAACACUUGUUGGCAAAAUAAAUCCACCAACAACUGCCGACCACGAUGAUGAAGACCAAAUUCCCAACAUAAACAAACAAGAACAAGAAAAUUCUUCAAACAAAACACAAAUAACAAAUCAAAACAAAGUAAAUGAAAAAGAAGCAGCAACAGCAUCCACCAUAACAUCAACAACAACAAAACCAUCAACAUCUGCUCUUCAACAAGAAGACAACAAACAAAAAGAAGAAAACCCCACAAAUAGCAAUAAAACCGUUAAAGCAGAUAAUGAAACAGAAAAACAUAAAAAUGAUAAGCCCACAAACAACAACAACAACAAUAAUAAUUCUACGGCAACGACAGCAAAAUCUACUGCGCAAACGUUAAAAACCAACAACAACAACACCUCCCUAACAAACAGCCCCUCAUUUGACAACAAAACCAACAAACCCCCUCCACAACAAAUUACUAAUAACAAUAACAACAACAAUACAAAUGAAAUAAAUACAAAUCAUAAUAACCAAGCAAAUAAUAACGGUACUACAACUACAACAAACUCAAAUGAGUGUGCUAUUACUAAACAUGGGGAUGUAACAACAACAAUAACAACCAAAGAGGUGCUUAAUAAUAACAACAACAACACUGCAAAUACUCUUCUUGCUAUAAAACCAGAUGAUGUUGGUGUUAAUGAUGUUAAUAAAGAAGGGGAGCUAACUAAUAAUGAUGUUAAAGGUGUUAAAAAUAAUCUGUCAUCGGCUGCUGAUACUGCACCCAGCACUCAAAAUGAAAAUCUGCAAAAAUCCUCUACAGAUUUAGAAGAACAAUCAAUCCUUAAUGCCGCCGAAAGCAAUGAUACAUCAUUAAUUGAUGACAACAAACCAUUAAUAGAUAAACACCAGCCGGUUUCUAAACGUGGUAGAGGUAGAAAUAAAAAAUAUUCCACCACAGAUGCUGAUAGCAAUCACAACGCUACCACAAACGAAUUACCCAUAAUUGAACGUCACAGUUCGCCACAAAACACAGAACGUAAAUUAACACGUAAACGGAAGAAUCCUGCAGAUGAUGAAAUUGAAUUGGCAGGACUACUCAAUAAAUCAGAAGAUGAAGAGGGUAAGCGCACAAGACGUAGUGAACGUUUGUGCAAUCGUUUGGAUGGUUUCAAAAUAUUCGAUGAGGAAAAGGAGCCAUCAGAUGACAAUAAUAAAAAUCAUGAAAGCAAUGAAUCACCCACAAGAAAGACUUUAAGAUUAACGCUAGAUGAGAAGACACCUCCUAAAAAGCGAGGACGAAAAGCUAAAGUACAAUUGGAAACUGAGAAAUUGCAGCAAGAUAACAACGAACAAAAUACAUCCUCUACUACAUCAGCCACAACUAAUUACAAAAAACACAACUCAGAGGCGGCUGUCAUUGUACCAAAACGUUCCCAGAGGCGCAUAAAACCAACUACUAAGAUUUUAGAAAAUGAUGAACUUCGUUAUGAAUUUGAAACCAAAAAUAUUGUUCGAAUGACAGCCCAGAAUUGGAGUUCCACAGAGCAGCAGCAACAAAAUGACACUACAACUCCUACACAUCAAAUUGUCACACAAAAUGAACAUAACACAACCACAAAUUCCAAGCAGAAGAGUGAAAAAUCAGAAAAUAGUAAUGACAGUCAUCCCACGGGCACUAGUAAUAUUAAAAAGAAGCUUUUUCCCUGCCCUGAUAUAAAAAAGUUCCUGCAGGAAAUAAAAUCAGGAAAAUGGAAUCAAAAUCGUUCACCCGAAGAUAAAAAGUUAAGCAAGAAACAGCAGCGCAAAUUGAAUAAACAAAAGGAGAAAUAUUUCGAAAGAAUGGGCCUAAGGCGUAAUGUCAGCAAUGAGUCAAGUGACAAUGAUAGUUUAAGUGAUAAUGCUGAAUUUGUGCCCACCACUCGUGUACAAGUAGGUAAACCUAGUGUGACUUUAAGGGGGCGUAAAGAUACCACUACUACACAGCCUCCAACAGCAGCUGCCACCACUACACAAAGAUCGGUUUCCUCCUCAUCCACACCUCCCCAAACAAGACGCACUCAAAGGCAGAAAACUAUUUCCACCAAUGCCGAUAAGGUGGUGGAAUUGAAAUCUUUAAAUGCCUCUGUAGUGGCGGAGAAUACAUCAGCCACCACUCCUACACCCUCAACUACCGGGCAGAAUACCACCUCCUCAAAUGCCUCCACUUCUUUAACGGUGCCAGAAACCUCAGCAAAAACUAAAUUUGAUUGUUUAUGUCACAUCACCUCUAACUAUUGUACGCCCAUGAUUAAGGAAACACAAUAUUGUUGGGCUAUUGAUAAUAUAGAUGAGGAAAAAGUGGGUUGUUCUCAUCAACUCACGGGUGAGGUGCUAAAUUUGUUUAGAGCCAGUCAGAGGUCUGUAUAUAUGGUCCUGUGUGAGGAGCAUCAGAAGAGACUUAAGGCUCAUAAUUCCUGUCCGGCGUGUGGUAUCUUUUGUACGCAGGGCAAAUUUAUCUUGUGCAAACAAAAGCACUUCUUUCACGCAGCCUGUGCACAGCGUAUUGUUCUCAGCUCUAAAUAUGAUCCUCAACAACCUGCCUCGAAAAAUGCUAGUCGUACAUUGGUACUUAAGUGUCCACACUGUGGCCUAGACACACCCGAACGCACCUCUACCAUUACUAUGAAAACUCAAACCGUGCCCAUAUUCCAGGCCACACAAAAGCCCCUAGUACCCUCAUUAACCCCUGCCAGCAAUACUGCUACAAAUUCCUCGCUUACUCCCCUAGGCAGUGUAAAUAGCCCGGCUUCUGUGAGCUGGUCAACAAGCGUUAUACGUCCCUAUGUUAACAUUAACUAUGAUAAACUUAUACCCGAAUCGGUUAUGAAUGUGGUAAAUGCUCGAGGACGUACUUUGCAAACACACAAUCAGGCAACGGAAUUUACCACCAAAGAUAUGUAUUAUGCGAUAAAGAAUGAUGAUUUGGAAAGGGUAGCGGAAAUAUUGGCUUCUAAUUACGAUGUUACAACCUGCAUGCGUGAAUUUUAUCAUGGCACUUGUUUGCAUUUAGUGGCCCAUUAUGGCACCAUACAAAUGGCCUAUUUAUUAUUGUGCCAGGGUGUAGGCUCGGAUUUUAUUAAUAUGAUGGACCGUGAGCUACGCACCGCCAUUAUGUGUGCUGUCAAAGAGGAAAAGUGUAAUAUUGUUAAUCUUUUCUUGCAAAAUCGUGCCGAUUUGGCUUUAAGGGGUCCUGAUGGUCAUACUGUUCUACAUAUAGCAGCACGUACUGGUAACUUGGAAAUCCUUAAGCUUAUUGUUCAUAGCUAUAAGGCCAGUAAGGAUGUGUCACAAUUUUUGAGUUUUAUUAAUGCUCAAGAUGAUGGUGGUUGGACGGCCAUGGUUUGGGCCGCUGAAUUAGGUCAUACGGAUAUAGUAAGUUUACUUCUGCAACAAGGUGCUGAUCCCAAUAUCUGCGAUAAUGACAAUAAUACGGUGUUACAUUGGGCAGCAUUACAGAAUCAUGAUUUGGAUACAAUAACAGUAUUACUAAAGGCGGGCAUUAAUUGUAAUAUACAAAAUGUGGAGGGUGAAACGCCUUUACACAUUGCCUGUCGUUUAUCAAGUAAAAAACUCUGCCUUUUACUUAUUUUCAAUGGUGCCGACCUGAUGCUGCGCAAUCGUUCCGAUGAACUACCCUAUGACUGCAUACCCGACGAACAUUCAGAUUGUGCUCGUCAUGUAGGCUUUCAAAUGGAAAUGCAUGCUUUACAUCGUCGUCGUUCGAACAUUGUUUGUGGUGACAUCAGUAAUGGUCGUGAAUUGUGCCCGAUUCAAGCUUUACGCAAUGAAAAUAAUGUCAUGCCAGUAGAAGAGUCUGAUCAAUUAAUGUUACCCGAUUUUCGUUAUAUAACCGAUACUAUAAUAUUGCAGAAUUCGGUACAAAUUGAUCAGCGAGUAUCGCAAAUGCGCAUAUGUAAUUGUAGUGAUGGAUGCACCACCGAUAGCUGUCAGUGUACGGGAGCCUCGGAUCGCAGCUGGUAUACGGCAGAGGGACGACUAAGUGCCGAUUUUAACUUUGAGGAUCCAGCUGUUUUAUUCGAAUGUAAUGAUGUGUGCAAUUGCAAUAAGCGUUUUUGCAAAAAUCGUGUAGUACAAAAUGGCAUAACCAUACCGCUGCAGGUGAUUGAAUGUGAAGACUCUUCCAAAGGCUGGGGUGUACGCACCAUGGUCCACAUACCCAAGGGCAGUUUUGUGGCAGUUUAUACCGGAGAAGUUCUAACAGAAAUGGAGGCUGAUCGUCGUACCGACGAUUCUUACUUUUUCGAUUUGGGUCAUAAUCAUUGUAUCGAUGCCAACUAUUAUGGCAAUGUUAGUCGUUUCUUUAAUCAUUCAUGUGAACCUAAUAUUGUGCCCGUUAGGGUAUUUUAUCAACAUCAAGAUUAUCGUUUUCCCAAAAUAUCAUUCUUCACCUGUCGUGACAUAGAAGUGGGAGAGGAAAUUUGCUUUGAUUAUGGCGAUAAAUUUUGGUCGAUUAAGAAUCGUUAUUUCACCUGCAAAUGCCAGUCCACCUCCUGUCGUUACUCUAGUUUACUGGUGGAAAAUGGUGAUGAAGAAAUGGAGGAUCAAGAUAUAUCUUUAAACUCUACUAAUGAAACUCCUACCUUAACUAUAACAUCUUCUACGAAUUCCUCUAACAACUCCCUUUUAAGCAACAACUCUAUGCAGCAGCAGCAGCAACAACAGCAGCAAAUCAUGCAAGCUGAACUUUUACUACCCAACAACAAUGAACUCUCUAUUAUACCUAUUAAUCCCUCCACUUCAUUGGCCUCCUUACCCUCGAACACUACCAAUGGCACCCCUUAGCUUAUGGACAUACAAAACUAUUCCAUUAUUAUACUAUACGAAAGUUAAGUCAACUUUCGGUGAGUCUUUUACUUAAACAUAAUGUUACACUAACUCCUGCCCCCCCCUUCCCUCCUUUUUCUUUAUAGUUAAAGCUUUAGGUGUUUGUAUACAAAAGAAAAAUCCCAGCUUUUCAUGUUUAAGAUGUUGUAGUUUUUUUUUUGUUAAUAAGUUUUUAAUAGUGCAAGUCGUAAAGUGUAUUUUCUUUAUUUAGUUAAUAAGGUAAUUGGAACAAAAAUAAGAAAAGUGAGCCAUGAAAACUUUAAAGCUGAAUACCAAAAUUUUCUUUUAUACAAAAAAAUUAUGUACAAAAUUGAGUAAAAAAGAGCUUUUUCGUGAAGUAUAAGUUGAAUUUCAGGAGAACUCUAAUAUUUGAAAGCAAAACUAGCAAAAAUGUAAAAUUUUCAAAAAAAGCUUUUGAAAGCUUUUUUAUUUAAAAAAAGCUUUUUCAGCUGAAAGCUUUAAAAUCUAUUACUUUUCAAAUUCCCAAUAAAUUAUUUAACAACUUUUUUUCUGAAAUUUGUUAAAAGUUUGAAAAUUUGUUAAAAGCUUUCCGAAAGUUUGGCUUAAAAAUUAGAAUUUUGGUAAAAUUUAUUCACAAUUUUUAAAUUUUCGUGCUUAAUAUAUCUAAGUUAGCGAUUUUUUCAAAAAAGUUUUAACGAGCUUUUCCAAAAUUUUAUUAAAAAUUUU